AUGCCAAUUCAUCAAGCGUUUCUCAGAGACAUGCAGGUUGCUUUCAACUUGAGUCGAACACAAAUAGUAACAUUGUUCAAAGACAUCAGGGAUAAGCCCAACGAUUACGGGGUCAUCGACAAUGCUCCGCCACACGCGAGCUUCCCCAGUGUUGUUGAGAGAAUCGAAACUUUACUGGGAAUGAACAGUAUCUUUCCAAACGGAGCUGCACUGACAGUCAGCUACCAAGGCACGAACUUCGAAUUCGAAACCCCUUUUGACCUCGUCGGCUGGAUCCUUUCCGUGACCGGACACAUUCCCGAAGAUGUCACCACAGCUAAUUACUACUAUCCUUUGGUAAUUCUUUACUGCCAGUGGUGUCGGACGUUGUGCGCUAGAGAAAAGAAGGAGGCGAAGAUGGUGCAAAUUACAUGGUACACUCAAGGGGGUACCAAACGAGUCUGCCUUGGAAGUAGUUUGGAUAGGCCCAAGGGAGAACGUAAAGAAAUAGCGAGAACAAGGAGAUUUAACAUGCUUUCCCGGGAUCGAUUGGCCCUAGGGUAUGAAAGGCAUCUGCCUUAUUCGGGUGAUGGUGGGCAGCCCAUUGGGCAUUGUGCAGAGACGUUUCCGAUAUUGUUUAUUAAGUCACUAGGAGAGGAAGUGACGCUGCCAGAUGCCAGAGGUAUUGCUGUCAAACCACUCGAGGCUCUCAACGCCGGGAUGCCAAACAAGUUCGAUGUCCCAGAUACAGAGACGCUGCGCAAGGACUUGCUCGAGGACCCGUGCGACAAUUGUGAAGUCGUCCUUCUACGUUAA